GCAGGUUCAUUCAUUAUCUGUCCGAUGUUUGCCGGUGCGGUUGUGGCCUGUGGUGCUUAAAGUAGGGUUAACAGCAAACAACAGCUCCCGAUCCAAUUAUGCUAAAUAAUCAAAUAAUGUAGUGCAAGAAAUAUAUACACACACACGAGUGCCAUAGAACCGCGGGAGCCUGUUUGUCUGUAUGCGUUCGUGUGCUACGGUGCGUAUCGAUUGUCGUGCAUCAGCUGUGAUUUGUUGUGAAAUUAAACGAGAGGCCCAACAGAGAAACAAGAACCCCUUUUAAUAACGCGCCUGGCAGCCGGGCCUGGGAUAAAAUCAUCCGCGUGUACGUGCGUUACAAUCCGUCCAUCGGUAUCGGAAUCGUCGACGCUAGUGAUUAGAUUUGAUAGCAGAAUAGCAGCAACUCCACGCGAUGGAGGCCCAGAAGCGGAAGGAGCGCGAGCCUUGCCCACGGCAAAAGGCUAACUUUCUUUCGUACAUCAUAUUCGCCUGGACGAUACCGAUUUUCUUCAAGGGCUACAAGAAAGAGCUAAACACGGACGAUCUGUAUCAGCCGCUGCGGGAGCACAAAUCGGACGGGCUCGGGAAUCGGCUGUGUGAGGCGUGGGAAAAUGAACAGAAGCAGGCCCGGUUGAAGAACAGAAAACCGAAGCUGCUCCGGGCAGGGUUUCGUGUGUUUGGAUGGGAAAUUGCGUUGCUAGGGCUGGUGCUGCUAACGCUCGAGAUGCUGUUCAAAGUAUCGCAGCCAUUUUUCCUGGGCAAGCUGGUCGCGUACUAUUCCCGGCAAUCGGGUGACCUUACGGAGGCGUAUCUGUACGCGGGUGCGGUCGUGCUGUGCAGUGCGAUUAACGUCCUGUUUAUACAUCCGUACAUGCUGUCCCAGCUGCAUCUGGGCAUGAAGUUGCGUGUGGCCGCCUGCAGCAUGAUCUACCGCAAAUCGCUUCGGCUGAGCAAAACGGCACUGGGCGAUACGACCGCCGGACAGGUUGUGAAUCUGCUGUCGAAUGAUGUGGGUCGAUUAGAUUUGGCCGUCCUGUUUGUACAUUACCUGUGGAUUGGACCGCUGGAGACGCUGGUGGUAACGUACCUGAUGUACCGUGAGAUCGGCUACUCGGCCGUGUACGGUGUGCUGUUUUUGCUACUGUUUAUCCCGCUACAAGCGUACCUGGGCAAGAAGACGUCGGAACUGCGGUUGCGUACCGCGCUGCGCACGGACGAGCGCGUGCGGUUGAUGAACGAGAUCAUCCAGGGCAUUCAGGUGAUCAAGAUGUACACGUGGGAGAAACCUUUCGCUGCGCUGGUAGCGAUGGCAAGAAAGAAGGAAAUCAAGGUGAUUCGCUACGUAUCGUACAUCCGCGGUAUUCUGCUAUCGUUCAUCAUGUUCACGACCCGCGUCUCGAUCUUCCUCAGUCUGGUUGCAUAUGCGCUCGCCGGGCAGGUGGUAACGGCGGAGAAAGCGUUCGCCAUUACGGCCUAUUACAACAUCCUCCGCACAACGAUGACCAUCUUCUUCCCGCAAGGCAUUGGCCAGUUUGCGGAAGCGCUCGUAUCCGUCCGUCGUAUCCAGAAGUUCAUGCAGUACGAAGAAAUUGAAGCCGCCGAAGGUGUUUCGAUGGUUGCGGCCGAUGGAAAGGAUGUGUCGUCGUCCUCUUCAUCCGAGCUGGAGGAGAAACCAAAAUCCGACCCGUUGGCAUUGCCCAACAGCAAACUGAUCCGUCACUCCGAAUCUGACGGGUUGAAGGAGAACGCGGUGAACAAUCAUCUGUCCGAUGCGGGAGUGAUUGUGGAGAAGGCGGUAGCUCGCUGGGAUUCCAAAGCGACCGAAUUUACGCUGGAUGGGGUGGAUUUGCACGUGCAGCCUGGCACACUGGUAGCCGUGAUUGGACCGGUCGGUGCCGGCAAGUCCAGCCUGAUCCACGCAAUCCUUGGCGAGUUGCCACUGGAAUCGGGCAGCAUAAAGGUAAACGGAGACAUCUCCUACGCGUCCCAGGAACCGUGGCUCUUCUCCGGAACGGUGCGCCAGAAUAUUCUGUUCGGUUUGCCGAUGGAGCGUGAACGUUACAAGCAGGUCGUGAAGACGUGUGCUCUCGAGCGUGAUUUUCAUCUAUUCUCCGACGGUGAUAAGACGAUCGUGGGCGAGCGCGGUGUGUCGCUGUCCGGCGGGCAGAAGGCACGCAUCAGUCUCGCUCGUGCCGUGUACCGGCGGGCGGAGGUGUACCUGCUCGACGAUCCACUGAGCGCGGUUGAUUCGCACGUUGGCCGGCACCUGUUUGACCACUGCAUGCGCGACUAUCUGCGGGGCAAGAUCGUGAUCCUGGUGACGCACCAGCUGCAGUACCUGCAGAACGCGGACCAGAUCGUCGUGAUGAUGCACGGCCGGGUGGAAGCCGUCGGGACGUACGAUAAGCUGCGCGAAAGUGGGCAGGACUUUGCCCAGCUGCUGGCGGCACCAUCGGGCAAGGAGGACGACAGCACCGACACGGAGUCGAUCAAGCGGUCCGGCAGUUUGUACAAGCGCCAGAACAGUGAAUCGAGCAUGGACUCGACCGUGGCCGAUGGGGACGGACCGGAGAAGAAGGCGACCGAGGAACGGCAAAAGGAGGGCUCGAUCGGAUACGAUGUGUAUCGGGCGUACUUUAAAGCGAGCGGUGGCAAUCUGGUGGUGCUGUUGAUUUUGUUCAUGUUCCUGCUGUCCCAGCUAAGCGCUUCCGGGGGUGACUAUUUCCUUACCUAUUGGGUGAAUAAGGCGGAAGAAAAGGCACCGGCCGUUAGCGAGGAAAGCCAGGCAACGUUUAGUGCGCUCAGCAAUGGGACGGCGCUGGAUGGCGUUGAGGAUGGCUUUAAUGGUACGACCACGUCCGAACCACCGACGACACCCGCAGCAACAGCGGGCGGUAUAGCCGUGUUCUUUACCGCAAUCAGACAGAUGUUUGCGUCGGGCGAUGAGGAAGAGGAUCGGUACAUUGAUAUCUACAUCUUCACGGCACUAACGGUCGCAACGGUUGUGAUAACGCUCACCAGAAGCAUGUUCUUCUUCCGGACGGCUAUGAAAGCUUCUCGCAAACUGCACGACGCCAUGUUCAACGGCAUUACGCGUGCGUCCAUGUACUUCUUCAACACGAAUCCGUCCGGCCGUAUCCUGAACCGCUUCUCGAAGGAUAUGGGCCAAAUCGACGAGUAUCUGCCGAGUGUGACGGUGGACGUGAUACAGAUCUUCCUCUCGCUGAUCGGUAUCGUGGUGGUGGUAGCGAUCGUCAAUCCGUACAAUCUCAUCCCGACGGUCGUUAUCGGUAUCAUAUUUUACUUCAUGCGCGCCUUCUACCUGCUCACAUCCCGAAAUAUUAAGCGCGUGGAAGCAAUCACACGAUCACCGAUCUACUCUCAUCUGUCCGCGUCGCUUUCCGGGCUCUCCACAAUCCGUGCGUUCGGUGCCGAAAAGGUGCUCGUGCACGAGUUCGACUCGCACCAGGACCUGCACAGUUCCGCCUUCUACCUGUUCAUCUCGACGUCGCGCGCCUUCGGCUUCUAUCUGGACGUGUUCUGCGUGAUCUACAUCGCGAUCGUCACGCUAACAUUUUUCAUUCGCGGCGAUAGCGGUGGUAACGUAGGGUUGGCCAUUACGCAAGCGCUCGGCAUGACCGGUAUGGUGCAGUGGGGUAUGCGGCAAUCGGCCGAACUCGAAAACACGAUGACGUCCGUCGAGCGUGUGGUAGAGUACGAUAACGUCGAUCCGGAACCAGCGCUAGAAGCGCCGGCCGAUAAAAAACCACCGAAAGAGUGGCCCCAGGAGGGACGGAUCCAGUUCGAGAAGGUAACGCUACGGUACAGUCCCGAGUCCGACGGGGAUCUGGUGCUGCGUGAUUUGGAAUUUGAAAUUGAGCCACGCGAAAAGAUUGGUAUCGUCGGCCGGACGGGUGCCGGCAAGUCGUCGCUGAUCAAUGCACUGUUCCGCCUGUCGUACAACGGUGGCUCGAUUGUGAUCGAUUCGCGCGACACGAACCAGAUGGGGCUGCACGAUUUGCGUGCGAAGCUCUCGAUCAUUCCCCAGGAGCCGGUACUGUUUUCCGGCACGCUGCGCUACAAUCUCGACCCGUUCGAUGAGUAUCCGGACGAAAAGCUGUGGCGUGCGCUGAAGGAGGUGAAGCUGGAGGAGGCCGUAAACGAGCUGCCGUCCGGGCUGUCGUCGAAGAUUAACGAGGGUGGGAGCAACUUUAGCGUCGGCCAGCGGCAGCUCGUCUGCCUGGCACGGGCGAUCCUGCGCGAGAACAAGAUACUGGUGAUGGACGAGGCGACGGCGAACGUCGAUCCGCAAACGGACAAGCUGAUCCAGCAGACGAUACGGGAGAAGUUCAACGACUGUACAGUAUUGACGAUAGCCCACCGAUUGAACACCGUGAUGGAUUCAGACAAGGUGCUCGUGAUGGACGCAGGUCGUUGCGUUGAGUUUGGUACACCGUACGAACUGUUAACCACCGAAGGAGGCCCCAAAGUGUUCUACGGCAUGGUGAAGCAAACGGGCAAAAGCACCUUCAACACGCUGCUGAAGAUCGCCGAGGAGUCUCACAAUCAAAAGCUUAAACCGAUAAAGGAGGCUGAAGCAGCAAACUAGGAACGCGAUGCUACCGUAGCAACGUUAUACAGCUAGCGCGUAAGAUGUAUACAAGUUCCCAAUCGUGAAAAUCUCUUGCACUCAUCACCGGAGAGAGAAGUGCGUGUGUGCGUUACAAUACCUCGUGCUUAAACAAAAGUGGCCUUUACUUAAUGUAAUAAGUAAUAAUUUUGCGAACAAAUUCUGUCCUUAGUGUAGUUACCGUGUAUAGGUAGGCAGCAGCACGUCCUCAUCUAGGUGGCAAUACUAACUAAUCGUUAAGGUGUAAGCUAACUUAAGCUGAUUGUACUUGUUUUACAAUACUGGUAAGGAGUAGUAAAGGUACCGCGGGUCAGGCUACAGGUCCCGGCAAUUCCUUAAAGAUAUCCCAACUCGCGCGGAUAUGAUGCAGCCUUGGAGCGGUUACGGGCAAAAAAAGCGAACCCGUUGGAGCCCCUUUUUGUAUUUAAGUUAGGUGGUUAAGAAACAACCAGAAGGUACACUAGCUGCUGUGCGGUGCUGUUGUGGCGUACCGGUUAGCGCCCCGUAUGUAGUUACGCGUGUAGUUUUGUUCAUUCAUUUGGUGCCUUUCCGGAGCAACACACUAUUCCUCUCAGCGAUGAUCACCGCGUAGCCGUUUAGUGGUUAAGUUAAAGUUGAUUUAUGGCGGUAGUAAGCGGUAGAAGUACGGACAAAACAUGUUUCUAUGAUCAAAUAUAUCAUAUUUACACACACACACACCACCGUGUGGCGUGGUGGAGGUUUGUUGUAACCCAUAA